CGUAAAAAAAAAAGUCACUUUUUUUAUUGUGUUUUUUUUGGGGGGGUUUAAAACCCACUCCUUUUCGACUCGUGUUUUUUUUUUGUUCGGCGGGAAAAUCAGGAAGAGGAGGCGAAGCCAUGACGGCGGGAGAGAGCCAACCCGAGGAGAACAGUUCCCUGAUCAUCAAACAGUUGCGGGAAAUCACAGGAAUCCAAGAUAAUCGGCUUCUACAACAAGCCCUGCAGGUCAGCAAUGGAGACAUUAACCAGGCAGUGAGUUUCCUGACAAAUGAAAGUGCGAGGGACCCAAGCCAGGGAACAGUAGCUGACGAGCCUGAUAACGAACACUGCGACCAGUCCCGUGCGAUUGAUCUGACUGGGGAUGAGAAGGAGAAGGAUGAUCUGCAGAAGGCCAUCGCUCUGAGCCUGGAGGAGAACCAGAAAGUGCAGAAGGCCACGGAGGACCAAGACUCUGGCCAGUUAAAUGACACAGGCAGCGAAAGUAAGGCCGGGUUGAAGAGGAAGAGAUGUGAAGCUUGGGGUGAUUCCCCAAACCCCAAUGAUCGGCUCCGCGAGGGUGACUGGCCAGUGGGGCUGAAGAAUGUGGGCAACACCUGUUGGUUCAGUGCAGUGAUUCAAUCUUUGUUCCAACUGACCGAGUUCCGACGAUUGGUUCUCAAUUACACUGUACCAGAAAAUCACCAUGAAAACUGCAGAAGCCAUACAGAGCAGAGGAACCUGGCCUUCAUGCAGGAGCUUCGCUGUCUGUUUGCUCUGAUGGUCGGGUCAAAGCGCAAAUAUGUCGACCCCUCGAACGCAGUUGAACUUCUGAAAGAUGCAUUCCGCUCAAGCGAGGCCCAACAGGAUGUGAGUGAGUUCACACACAAGCUCCUGGACUGGCUGGAAGACUCGUUCCAGAUGACGGCAAACGUGAAGAAUUCACAGGCAAAGCCUGUGAACCCGAUGGUGGAACUCUUUUAUGGAACUUACCUGGCGGAAGGACUUCACGACGGGAAAAUGUUCUCCAAUGUAGAAACGUUCGGACAGUAUCCUCUGCAGGUUAACGGUUUCAGGGAUCUUCACGAGUGUCUGGAAGGAGCCAUGGUGGUUGGGGAAAUUGAGACCCUCCAUUCGGAUCAGUCGGUCAGGUCCGCCCACGAGAAUUGGUUUACAAAACUACCCCCGGUUCUGACUUUCGAGCUCUCUCGAUUUGAGUUUAAUCAGUCUUUGGGGAGGCCGGAAAAAAUCCACAAGAAGCUUGAAUUCCCGCAGGUCAUUUAUCUGGACAGAUACCUGCACGCAAACAAGGAGCACACUCGAGCCAGGAGGGAAGAGGUAAAGAGGCUGAAGGAACAAGUGACUAUCCUACAGCAGCGAUUGGAGAGGUACAUGAAUUAUGGGUCUGGGCCUCAAAAGUUCCCCCUCACAGAUCUUCUACAGUACGUCUGGGAAUUUGCCAGCACCAAACCAUCCUGUGUGCCUCUCGCUCAGGAUGUGAAGGUCCCACUGCCAUUGUCACCAAACCCACAACCCAACACUACAGCAGCCUCCACUGUGCAAACCAGCCCAACAGAAUUGAUAGCCCCUGAGACCGCCAGCCUCCCCAGUACCCCUCAGCCACAGCGAGCGACUGUGCACAAGCCUUUUACGCAGUCCAGACCCCCGGUAGAGAUGACAUCCCAUCCAGCCCCCCAACACGUCACAGAGCAAGAGCUGGUCUCCCUUGAGAUCUGCCUUCAGCGCUGGAGGGCAGAGGUGGAGCAGGACAUGAAAGAUCUGAAGGACAACAUCGCAGCGAUCCAUCAGUCUAUAGAGCAGAUGUACACGAGCAGUGCAUUGUCCCAGGUUCCGUACCGUCUCCACGCAGUGCUGGUCCAUGAAGGCCAAGCCUCCGCCGGCCAUUACUGGGCCUAUGUCCGUUCCCACCCUUGCGGAGCCUGGCUAAAGUACAACGAUGUCUCCGUGACCGAGUCCUCGUGGGAGGAGCUGCAGCGAGAUUCGUACGGAGGCUCCAGGAAUGCCAGCGCCUACUGCUUAAUGUACAUCAAUGAUAGCCUACCACACCUGAUAGCAGACGACACGGAUGCGGAGACGGGGCAGGUGUUGUUGGCCUUGAGCUCGCUGCCCGUGGAUCUCAGGCGCUCUGUCCGUGAGGACAACCUGAGACUAUCGCAGGAGGUGGAUGAGUGGGAGGAGGAACAGGCGCGGAAGAUUCCCCAGAAGGAGACGGUUUCUCCUGGACAGGAGCUCAAGCCCUCAGCCACGGAAGCACAGUCACCAAUGACUCAAUCACCGCCAGCGGGCUCCCAGCCGGUGACGCGCUGCGUGUCGGCCGACCACUCGCUCAUGGUGAGAGAGCAGACCGCACAAGCCAUCGAGAAAGCUGCAACGGCACGUCAGAACGGGGGAGCCGAGGCCACUCUGAAGGAGACUGACUCUGUGCGGGAAACCAAUGAGGCGACUCCAGCAGAGCAAAGGCCUGAACCCGAGCCCGAGAACCCCGGCACCCACAUCUCCGAGGUGGAGAUACCUAACGUUGGCAAAGUUACCGUCCGCCAAGACGCCGAUGGCUACAACGAGGAGGAAAUGUUAAGCCCAGCCAUGCAGGGCAUCAUCCUGGCUAUAGCUAAAUCCAGACAAGUUUAUGAACGCGAUGGUGCAGAAGCGGGGCUGAUAAAGGCAUUUCACGAGGAGUACUCCCGUCUGUUUGAUUUGGCCAAAGAGGAACCAACGCCACAGAAUGACCCGCGGCUCCAGCACGCUCUGGUCUACUUCUUCCAGAACCGGGCCUCCAAGCGGGUGAUCGAGAGGACCCUCCUGGAACAGUUUGCGGAUAAGAACCUCAGCUACGACGAGAGGUCCAUCAGUAUAAUGAAAGUGGCCCAGGCCAAACUGAAGCUUAUCGGACCCUCCGACAUGGACAUGGAGGAGUAUAAGAAAUGGCACGAGCACUACAGCCUGUUCCGGAAGGUCUCGGUCUAUCUCCUGACUGGGCUGGAAUGCUAUCAGAAUGGAAAGUGCCGUGAAGCUCUGACCUACCUGGUUCACGCCUACCAAAGCAACAGGAAGCUACUGAAGAACGGCAAGAAGCGCGGAGUGGACGAAACGCUGAUCGCACACUACAGACGCAAGUGUCUCCUGGAACUGAACGGGAACGCAGCGAGCCUGUUUGAGAGCGGGGAGGAGGCCGAGGUAGCGGAGGCGCUGAGUAUCAUGAGCGACCUGGUCAUUCCCUGCAUGCACCUGAUCGCCACCAGCGAAAUCUCCAAAGAAGACCUGGUGGCGGUGGAGAUGAUGCGCAAUCACUGGUGUUCGUACCUCGGGGCAGACAUAGAUGCCCGGCUCCAGGAGAAGUUGACCGAGUUCCUGCCAAAGCUUCUGGAUUGUUCCGUUGAAGUUCGGAUCCUGCGGGAACCCCCCAGGAUCCGUCCCAACUCCCCCCACGACCUGUGCAACAGGUUUGCGGCAGUGAUGGAGUCCAUCCACGGCAACUCGCCCGUUACCGUGACAUAGUUCACCCCUCCUCCCCCCCCCC